AUGAUGAUGGGCCUGGGUCCCCUGUUGCUGAUCUUCAUACUGGGUCUGGGUCAGACCCCACUGAUCCUGGCUCAGAAUGACAGCAGGAACAGACACUUUGUGGCCCAGCACUAUGUUGCCAAUCCAAGUGGCCGCAAUGGCAGAUACUGUGAAACCAUAAUGAGGAAAGGAGGGCUGACUUCACUCUGCAAAGACACCAGUAACAACAUCAAGGUCAUCUGUGAAGAUGAGAAUGGAAUGCCUUACAGAAAAAAAUUCAGAAUAAGCAGGUCUCCUUUCCAGGUCCUACUUGCAGGCAUAAAGAGGGACCCCUGGCCUCCCUGUCAGUACAGAGCCACAUCAGGAUCCAGAGACAUAGUUGUUGCCUGUGAACAUGGUUUGCCUGCCCCUUUGAUGAAUCCUUUUACCAUCCAUAACCAGCAGGUCAGUGGCCCCAAGUUCGUUCUGCUCUCCAUUCCUGGCACUUCCCCACAUACUCCCAAACAGUGGUGACUACAUUCAUUGUCAGGGGCCCAGAAAAUGAGCUGCCUGGAUCUUUUGUUUUCUAUUUUACAAUAUGUUAAUAAAUAAAAAUGUCUCUGAAAUCAAUAAGAA